CUUGGUCGUAUUCAUUGAUUGGUCUAGCAUCGCAACGUCAGCGCUGAGCGGAAAGGUCAUCGCCGAGAAACCCAGCCGGAGAAGUCUGACUUACGCAACAAGACGCCGCCAUCGUCACUGUCAGAUUCGGACUCUUCUUUGUGCUUGCGUUUGCGUUUGCUCAUCGUUCGACUUGCGGGCGUGGUGUGAAGGAUGUGGUAUGGUGUGGAGGAUGGGAGGGUACAGUGAAGAGAUCGUGAACUUGAGAAUUUUGAAAGUGCGAAUGACUCAUUUUCAAUCGUUUAGGUUUCGGGACGGGUCGAGUGUCGUGAUGGUUGAACAGGAAGGCGCGUUUGUAGGGAAGGAGCGACCCUCACUCGCCUCACACCGACGCCGUCAUGCCUCGCCCGCUGUAGAGGCGCCAUUUCCUGCUUCUUCGCGAUAUCCCCUGCGCGAGCCGCAGAUGUGGAAGAGGAGAAGAUAGUUAUAUUCAGCUAGCCGAAGAAGAAGGCAUCGUAAUGCCUCGCCAUGUUAGAUGCUUCGGACAUGCAGCAAGGCUGUGGUUUCGACGCCCGUGUCACGUGAGCUUACAGAUAGGCUUCCAUUGAGGUAUCCGUGUCGAAGAUUCUAUGAGAUGACAGAACGAGAGCAGCUGUAAAUAGCUGUGGGUACUAAUGCGCACUCUUACGACACUUCGCAAUGGUUUGGUAUUGACAUAUAAGGGGAAGUCGUACGUGAGGAAGUAUGGCAAGUGACAGGCUAUGUGCCAAAAGACGUGGUUCGUGCCAGAAGAAGUGGUUCGUGCCAGAGGAAAUGACUGCUUCUUCCAGCACGCAGCCUGCAGACGGGAUGUACUAUCUCCCUUGUAAUAAGCCUUAACGAGCCCCGGACUUCAUUCAGGACCUGCUAUGCUAUACAUUCGAUGUUU